AUGGCAAGCAAAAAUUACAGAUUGGAUCCAAUCUUUCAAUUGUAUGAUCCGAUUCAAUAUUCGUUCAACAAGAAGAAAGAGGAUUACGUAAUCAUCUCACCAUCGGUAGGUACAAAGACCCAAAUAAACGACGGGGGAAGAGUUACCUUUGAAAUUAAUUCGUUGUCCAAUUGGUUGCUGCUUUCCGAUGCCCAUAUCCGAUGCGAUUUCAAGAUCAAAGACGCCACUCAGAAUCGAAUUCCACAAACCAACACGACUUUAGAAAACAACUUCUUUCCGUCUUUAUUCAGCGAAAUGGUUUUGGAAGCUGGUUCAAAUCCGAUAGAGACCAUAAAACACCCCGGCGAGUUUGACACAAUGUUGAAAACGGUUCUGUAUCCCAAAAACUACGAUUCAGUUUCUGGAUGGAUUCCCGAUGUCGGUGACGGAGAAGUUUUAAAAGAUCCGGUCAGAACUGUAGCAAAUGACGCAGACCUUGCUAGGAUAAGGGUAGUUGCUAGAAACACACUGGAAAGAGUGACUCGCGGAGUAAAUCACGGAUUUGAAAAACGAACGCUUCAAUACAACAAUGUUGUCGAGGUUUCCAUAGGUUUGCCGUAUAAAAUUCAUUUGCAAAGAGAAAUCAACGACAACAAAAUAUUCUUUGGUGAAAACAACUCUGACGCAAAAUUGGAAAUAACGAAUAUCCAACUUUACAUAAUGGUAAUCACUCCUUCCGUAGAAGUGGAAACGAGAAUAUUCAACUCUUUAACCAAAGACAUCGAAAUUGCUUUUCUUCAUCGUAACACGGUAGUUGCAGCUGGUGCAACUGCUGGUGGAGCUGCUGGGAUAGCCGAAGCUGUCAACUCAAAUAAAGCAGCUGCAGUAAAAGCAGCUGAAGAACGUAGACACAAUUUGGCAAUGGAAAGAGAAGCACGAGGGGGUUCGGGAGUAGGAGAUAUUUUAGGGACGGUCAAAGAAUUCGGACAAAGAUUUGGCGAAGAAACCAAGAAAACCGUUAAAGAGGGAUUAAGCAAAUUAAUAGAUAACAUCUACACCGGAGAAAUGAAGGUCAAACACAAGGGCAACGCCAUAUUUUUUAAAAACAUACGUUCGGGCGAGGGAAUCUUUCUUUCAAAGUAUAAAGGCAACGGGGUGAUUUUUGGUACGAAAAUGUAA